GACUGGCUGAGCCCCUGAAAUGGACCUUGAACCCGCCCGUCCAUCCAUCCUUUCCUCCUCGACUUCAACACUGUCACUGCCGGUCGGCCGACAGAGCAUCUUUGCUAUCAAUUCUCGAAGCAUGCCAAGCGCUUGACCAGCAUACAUCCAACGUCGCAAUUGCGCCUCCUUAUCACCACUUCUCCCACCCUUUUGCUGCCGCUCGAGCCGGCGCGUCUCUUUCUCUCGUGCCAUCAUGGCCGACAAUGCUGCGAACCCUGACCCUCCCCCGAGUCGUCCUCGCCGCAAUCUCCUCGACGCUGUGGCUGCGACAUCGGCAGAAGGGAUCAGGAGGGCUUCGAAGCGAUUGUCUUGGGCGAAUCAAGAGCAUUCUACAGCUUACGAUGACGAGGAUGAUAGCUCGCCGCAGAGGUCAACGUCCGGCGAUGGCCCGCCUCAGGAGCCUCAAUCUGCUAAUGGCGUGAGGGUGUGGUACGGUAGCUAUACGAGCAUCGACUGGGUGCACGACGACAUCAAGGAGCAUUCACGCAUACGUCGCCUGCGCAACAUCAAGGGCCUGCGCGGCCUCGUCAUCAAUGCGUGGGACCGCCUCCAAGGCUGGAUCAUCGUCCUCAUCGCCGGCGUGAUUACCGCGCUCAUCGCAGGUGCAAUCGUUGAGUCAGAGGCAGUCUUGUUCGAUCUCAAGGAUGGAUACUGCUCCAAGGACUGGAAGCUGGCCAAGCGCUUCUGCUGCCCUUAUGGCGGCGAUCAAGACUGGGAUCGCGAUGGUUUCGUGACGCGGGGCAAUGGCUUCCUUGCUGGCUGGGCAGCCCCUGUUGCUGGCUCUCCGCGCUGGUCGACCCUCAAAGCUGGCAUAGAGAGCGAGAAUUGCCCCGGCUGGAGAGAAUGGAGCGAAGUCUUGAGUCCAGAGGGCAAAGACUAUUGGUGGGCAGAUUAUGCCGUCUACAUCCUCGUGGCCAUCCUCUGGGCCUCCCUCGCCUCGAUCAUGACCAUCUACCUCACUUCAUCGGAGCUGUUCCUCUCCCGCAAAGACGUGCCUUCGGCCAAGAGCAGCCAAGUCUCUGACUCGGGAGAUGCGAAUGAACGGACACCGCUCAUCGACCCUGGUGCUGCAGCGUCUUCGUCUAACGGGAAGCGAUACGGCACGCCUUCAGUUACGCGCAACGCGAAUCAGGUACGAGCUCAAGCUGCUAACGCUCCGAGGAAGAUCCUCUACUUUGGCAGUGGGAGUGGUAUCUCAGAGAUCAAGGUCGUCCUCUCCGGCUUCGUCAUCCGUGGCUACCUAGGGUACCGCACCCUCUUUACCAAGUCAGUCGGCCUCGCCCUAUCCGUGGCUUCCGGCCUCUCCCUAGGCAAGGAAGGCCCCUUUGUACACAUCGCCUCGUGCGUAGGCAACAUCGUGUGUCGACUCUUCCCCAAGUACGAGCACAACGAGUCCAAGCGCCGCGAGAUCCUCUCUUGCGCCUGUGCUGCGGGCGUAGCUGUAGCUUUCGGGGCACCAGUGGGUGGGGUCCUCUUUUCGCUCGAGGAAGUCUCAUACUACUUCAGCGCUAAGGUCAUGUUCCGCAGCUUCUUCUGUGCUAUGAUUGCUGCUGCCGGACUGCGUUUCAUUGACCCCUUCGGGACGGGUAAGAUCGUCCUCUUCCAAGUCUCGUACGACAAGGAUUGGGCGUUCCAUGAACUACCCUUCUUCGUCAUCAUUGGCGCCUUUGGUGGCAUCUACGGCGCUCUGUUCACUCGUCUCAACCUCAUGUGGAGCAAGGAAGUGCGAGCAAAGACGUGGAUGGCAAGACAUCCCUUGUGGGAAGUGAUCGCCGUCACGCUGGUCACGGUAGCCAUCUCCUUUUUGAAUGGCUACACGCGCAUGGGUGGGCCAGAGCUGAUCACGGAUCUGUUCAGCGAGUGUCACGAGCACCAGAGCUUGGACGGGCUGUGCAUCAAGGGGCCUGGUCAAAUCGGGCCGCUCAUUAGCUCUGUGGCCUGGACGAUGAUUGCCAAGGGCGUCCUCACCAUCGUCACCUUCGGCAUUAAGCUACCCGCAGGCAUCUUCAUCCCUUCGCUCGCCGUCGGAGCGUGCUUUGGCCGCAUCAUCGGACUCCUCGUCCAAUACGUCCAGUGGACUCGACCCGAGCUCAGCUUCUUCGCAUGGUGCUCUGACUCGUCUGAUGGCGCCUGCAUCGUGCCGGGCAUCUACGCCAUGGUGGGCGCGGCUGCUACACUGAGCGGCGUGACAAGGACGACGAUCAGUCUGGCAGUCAUCAUGUUCGAGCUGACGGGGACGUUGACAUACAGCAUCCCAGUCAUGAUCGCAAUCCUAGUCGCCAAGACCCUCGCUGAUGCUCUCGAGCCUAAAGGCAUCUACGACCUGGUAAUCGAGCUGUCGGGACUGCCGUACCUCGACCCGAAAGCUGCCUAUACCUGGCGGGGCGUCACGAUACGCGACGUUAUGGAGAGCGAUGUGGAGCGUCUCGUGCUAGAGGAAGACGUCACGAUCGCUCAGCUUCGACGCAAGAUUGACAACCUCCCUCUCGGCGACGGGCAGGCUGAUGGAGGAUUUCCCAUCGUGAUGGGAAAGGGCAAGACCGUGCGUAUGGUAGGGUACAUUGCGGCGCCUGAGCUCGAGUAUGGCCUGAACGAGCUGGUGCGGGUCAGGCCGGACAUGGAUGAGAACACGGCCAUUUGCACGUUCAGCUACCUGCCGCAGGUGAAUGAGGCGCUGCGAGCCGCAGACGUUGAUGAAGAGGAGUCCAUCGUACGCGACUCAGUCUUCCUCUCUACGACGGAUCCUCAAGACCUGAGCCGAUACGUGGACAAGGCACCCAUCACUGUCAACAUCUCCUCCCCUCUCGAGCUCUGCCACAGCCUCUUUGUCCGGCUGGGCGUGCGAUACCUCGUUGUGGUGGACGCGAGCGGUAAGCUCAAGGGAGUCAUUUCCAAGAAGCGCUGGUUGGCCUUUGUCGAGCAUGGGAUUGUCAGCAAUGACGGCGAGGGGCAUUGAUGAUCGGCAUCGGCGAAGGGCGGGCCGAAAAGCGAUUGCGGCAGCUCAAAUGAAGCGAGGUGUGACCCGUCGAUUACAUUGCGAGCGAGCGGAAGAUACGCCACGACUAGCGACAUUAUGACCCGGCUCUCAUCAUCCGCAGACAUGACGCACGGAUCAAUAAGGUACGAAGAGCUGCUUUCUCUCUAAUGACACCUCGUUCCUAAUUACAAUGGGGCUUAACUCUGUAAUUACCCA